AUAUCUCAUCAUCAUCGAGUGUCUCGCCCAAGUGCUUCACCACAAAAACUAAAAAACAAAAAAGACAUCUUCUCUCCUCGCAAAUCCCCCAAAAAUGUUCAGAUCUAUGCUUGUCCGAUCCUCCGCCUCGGCGAAGCAGUCGGUUCUCCGCCGCAACUUCUCAUCCGGAUCCGUCCCCGAGCGAAAAGUCGCAAUCUUGGGAGCCGCCGGUGGAAUCGGUCAGCCUCUUGCUCUCCUCAUGAAACUCAACCCUCUCGUCUCCAGCCUCUCCCUCUUCGAUAUCGCCAACACUCCUGGAGUCGCCGCUGAUGUCGGUCACAUCAACACCAGAUCUCAGGUAGUUGGAUACAUGGGAGAUGAUGAGUUGGCGAAAGCUCUUGAAGGAGCUGACCUCGUUAUCAUUCCAGCUGGUGUCCCCAGGAAGCCUGGUAUGACCCGUGAUGAUCUUUUCAACAUCAAUGCUGGCAUUGUCAAGAACCUUGCCUCUGCCAUCGCCAAGUACUGCCCUCAUGCACUUGUUAAUAUGAUCAGCAACCCAGUGAACUCCACUGUUCCAAUUGCAGCUGAGAUAUUUAAGAAGGCUGGUAUGUACGAUGAAAAGAAGUUGUUUGGUGUUACCACUCUUGACGUCGUUAGGGCCAAGACCUUCUAUGCUGGAAAGGCUAAUGUCCCUGUUGCAGAAGUGAAUGUUCCGGUGAUUGGUGGUCAUGCUGGUGUUACAAUUCUCCCACUCUUCUCUCAGGCCACUCCUCAAGCUAACCUGUCAGCUGAUGUGCUUACCGCUCUCACCAAGCGUACCCAAGAUGGAGGUACAGAAGUCGUGGAGGCUAAAGCAGGAAAAGGUUCAGCUACAUUGUCAAUGGCCUAUGCUGGAGCACUAUUCGCUGAUGCAUGCUUGAAGGGACUUAACGGUGUUCCAGAUGUUGUUGAAUGCUCAUACGUGCAAUCCACAAUCACUGAGCUUCCUUUCUUUGCCUCAAAGGUGAGGUUGGGAAAGAACGGCGUGGAGGAGGUUCUUGAUUUGGGCCCACUCUCAGACUUUGAGAAGGAAGGCUUGGAGGCAUUGAAGCCUGAACUCAAGUCUUCCAUUGAGAAGGGCGUUAAGUUUGCCAACCAAUGAUCAAACCGGUUUGACUUGGUGGUUGUUUUUUCCAAAUUUUCCGGCUAGAGUUUGCCUUCCAUAAGAUACUACAUGAUUUGAGUCUGUCUUUUGUUUUCAAACAAUCUGUUUUGCGGGUAAUAAAUGUCACACACCAUCACAAACUAAUAAGAUUACGUGAUAGUAACUA